AUGAUCCGCGCUACGGCACCUCAAGCCGCUUCGUCUAGUGCUGCAUCGUCAUGUCUGGAACUAGCCCUACUGGUCAAUCUCCACAUCUAUUCGAGCGAUGAGGUCGUCUCCUUUCGACGUCUUGUUCGUAACGGUACAGCAUCGCAAGUCAGUAACACGGCUCGAGUUCGCGGAGUCCUAAAGCCUGGCUAUGGCCUCGAUCGGAUUAUUGGAGAACUUGAGGACAUUGCGCAUAGUGAUGGAGAGAAUGUCAUUGACCACCAUGGCUGUCUUGGGCCUUUCUCUGCUGUGGCGAUCCAGUACAGCAGCUGUGACAGCAACAUUACCAUUCGACCAUCCAUGCCUAUCCAUUCCAACCUCUGCCUCGAGAUCUGUUGUCAUUAUGGUGAGGCUGGCGCUGAAGUCGAAGUCCGAAUGAGUCUGGUCUAUCGUCGGUCCAGUAUGAGCCGUCGUGAGGCGACUCGAUUCGUACGCGUUCUUACGUCCAUUGUCGAGCAGAUCUGCAUUCGCCACACAUCCAACCAAGGAGUCGCAAGCCUCUCCGUGAAAGACCUAGCAUGCCAUGCCUUUGAAGCGGUCGAUCGAAACAGGGUAUUGGCCUGGAAUUCCAAGCAAGCACUACAAAGUCAAGAGACCCUCAUUCACAACGUCUUCUCCAGCGUCGCGGUCAAGCACGCGGACAGGGAGGCUAUAGUUGGACCUAACGGAUGCAUGACAUAUGCCAUCCUGCAUGAAACUUCUUCAGCCAUUGCAAGCUAUUUACGCAAACACCUCACUGCUGAAGACCGGUGGCUUGCUUUGUAUUUCGCCAAGUCCAGCGGAAUGUGGGCUAUCGCUGGCAUGCUUGCUGUCUUGAAAACCGGACGAGGCUGCACGUUUUUGGAUACUUCAUGGCCGGACGAACGUCUUUGCGUAGUGAUUCGAGCUACGGGCACGCGCUUCCUACUGACACAUGGUACUCGAUCCGCACAUCGAGUUGCAAGACUGCAAACAGAGACCCAUCUUCAGUCGUUCGACGUAGCGCAGGCCGCCACUGCGUCGACUAUAGAAGAUCCUGAAGAAGCUCACGACUCAACCGUUCGGCCUGGCGAUGGCGCUUUCGUGGUGUUUACUUCCGGAAGCACGGGAAGUCCGAAAGGCGUUGUCCUGACCCAUGCGAAUGUGUGUACAGCCAUUACUGGUUUGAUAGAGAGGCUUGCCAUCAAUCCAUCUCAUGGAUCAUCACGCCAGCAAGUGCGUGUUUUGCAAUUCGCGGCGUACGCGUUCGACGCAAGUCUGUCAGACAUGUUGGUCGCCCUGCUGAGUGGGGCAGCGGCCUGUAUUCCCUCCGACACUGAGCGAACAAGCAACCUGCAGAGCUACAUGAAAGACCAGAACGUCACAAUAGCAUUCUUGACGCCGACCGUAGCUCGAAGGCUGGUCCCGAGUAGCCUAGACCACACGUUGAAGACUCUCGUACUUAUUGGCGAGCCCGUCACUUCUUUGGACAAGGAUCAGUGGUUGGGCAGUGCCAUCGACGUCUUUAAUGGAUAUGGCCCUACCGAAUCGACUUUCGCUGCGAGCUUAGGGCGAAUAAGACUAUCCAAAUCACCAAGCAACAUUGGGUUACCCCUGGGCUAUCGCUUCUGGGUGGUCAACUGCAACAAAGGGGGACAUUGUGAUUCGUCCGACCUAGAUGGCCGCUAUCUCAUUCCCAUAGGUGCCACUGGCGAGCUUGUGCUCGAAGGGCCUGCCCUUGCCCAAUGCUACCUGAACGAUGCCAAAUUGACACAGUCGAGAUUCAAAACGGGUUCAGCGUGGCUACCUAUCAUUGAUGGGCAAGCGUUGCUGGAGAGACGUGUAUACGGAACGGGUGAUCUCGUACGUUAUCACGAAGAUGGUUCGCUCGAGUGUCUGGGGCGAGUCGAAAAUGACACUCAGGUCAAGCUCGCUGGUCAGCGUCUCGAAUUGGCUGAAAUCGAGCAUCACCUGGCACAAGGAGCCGCCAUAGCAACGACACCUUUCUGCGACGCUGCAGUCUCAGAUCUGCCAGAUGUGUUUGUCAACAUUGUCCUCAGAGAUAACCCAUCUUCGUUCGAGCUCCGGCAGCUGCACGAGGCCGACGAGACGUCCUCCGCUUAA